UUGAAUAUUUGUUGCUUCAACAAUUUAUCGAUAGUAGAUUCGAUAUAUCGUUACCAACAAUCGAAAAUUUGGCUCUCUUCAAAUUCAAUAUUUACAAACAAUGAUGUACUCGUUUGUCAAAAUUUUCGAUCAAUCUAUCUAUUUUUCAUGGUGAUGAAUAGUUUUAAUUUUUUUUUCUCGAUUUUCAAGAAAUGUAAAUCUUAAAUUUACACACAUAGACAUUUGGAUGGAUAAUAAUGGAAGAUAUCCAUCUGAAAGAAUCUGUUAGCCAUUCAUCGGGCCAAUCGAAUUCAGAAAGCUAUAGCUUUUCUUCAAAAACAAAUUUAAUUCGAAUACCUUAUCUUUGGCAAAGAAAAUUAUUGGAUAAAUAUGAUAAAAUCUAUUAUGUUACACCAAGUGGUCAUAUAUUGUUAUCGAAUUCCGAUGUUUAUAAGUAUUUGGCCGAUCCAAACACAUGUAAAUGUUCAUUAGAUCCAUCAUUAACAUUUGAUGAGGUAUUUAAUUUUGAUUCGAAAUUCGAUUCGAAUAUUCAAUAUGAUGAUGAAUACAAAACGAAUGACGAUGAAUUAUCAUCAUCAUGUGAACAAUGGUUUCAAUCAUCAUUCGGUGAUGUAAAUGAAUUUUGUUCAAUUUUAUUCGAUGUUAAUCUACAUUUAUUCUGUCUUUAUGAAUGUGAUUUAUUUGAAAUAUAUAAAAUCCAUCAACAACAACGUAAUGAUGAUGAUCAAAUUGUUUUAUUCAAUGAUUGGUAUUCAUCAUUUGAUUGGAGUCAAGUAAUGAUGACAAAAAAUGGUUGGCUAUUGACUAAACAGUUGUGUGAAUCGAAUCUAAAGCAUUUAGCAAAUGAAAUGCGAAAUUCUGGUAUCGUAUCCGAUAGCAAACAUCCAGGACAAUAUUUGGAGAAUAAUGAUCAUCCCAAUAGAUUGAUUCUAGAUGAUUUUCUUGAAGCUUCCGCAAAGAUUGCACGAGAAAUUGAACAAUUAGAAUCGGAAAUUAUCCAAGAUGAUCUCAAUUAUUUUCGUGAUAAUAUUGGACAAUGUCCACAGCUGCCACAAACAAUGAAUAAUUCAGAUGAUGAUCGUAUUGUAAAAUAUUUAAACAAUGUCAUACAAUCAGCUCAUUCGUUUCAAUUUGUAGCCGAUUGUCGAUCGAUAAUUUUCAAAUAUGAAGAUCCAAUUAAAAUGAUCAUACCGACAGCUAUACUGGAUUUAUCCAUGAAUAAACAAUUAGAUUGGUCCGUUACGACUUUAGAUUGGUUGAAGGAAAAUUUUCCUAUUCAAAAUAAUGGUGACGAUAAUAUCGGUCAAUUUGAUCAUAUCAAUCCAUUUACUAUGCUCAAUAGAUUCACCAUUGAUGAUGUUGAUGAUGAUUGUGACAACGAUGAUGAAGUCAUCGAUCGGUCUAUAGAGAAAGAUGAAUCUUUUGUUAAAAACGAAGAAAAUCCUACCGUUGAUGAUGAUGAUGAUAAUUUGGGUUUUAAAAAAUCUGAUGAUAAUAAUUUCAAUGCUGUCGAUGAUGAUGAGGAUAUUUGUUAUUCAUCAUUAUUAUCAUCACCAACAAAACCAUCAACAUCCAAUAAAUUAUCAACAAUCGAUUUCAAUGGAAGUUGUUCAAGUAUUCCAAUUGAAGUUAUUGAAGAUUUGGAUGAUGAUCACCAUAAUUCAAUCAUGUUAUCUGAACAUAUUGAUUCCGAUUUAUUGAUGAAUCAUCGUGGACAUCAUGAUGACGAUGAUGACCAGCAAGAGCAGAUAAAUUUUGAAAUUCGUCUUGAAGAUUUAGAUGAUAAUGCUUGUUAUCAGAUGACGAUGAAUAUACCGAAAAAUUUACUAGAACUUAAUCAAAAUGACGACCAAAAUAAUUGGAACGACGAUGAUGAUGAUGAUGAUAAUGUUGUUGUUGUUGGUGAUUUACAACAUCAAUCCAAUAAAGAUGAACUACUACCGAAACAACAACAAGCAGAAGAAAUUCAAUUGGAUCCAAUUGGGCAAGUAGAAUUAAUUUCUGAUAUUUUAGUUGAAAAAAAUGAUUUCAUUCCAAAUGAUGAACAACAACAACAACAACAAUCAGCUGAGACAGAUGAAAUCGAUGAUUGUUUAAUUAUAAAAGAAAUUGUUGAAAAAUCAAUCAUACAAAGUUCACAAACAAUAGCUAAUACAGCUGAUGAAGAAGAAGAAACCGAGCAUUGUAUUGAAAAUGAUGAUGACAAAAACAUUAAUGAUGCUGAUAAUGAAAUAACCGAUGAUGACGACGACGAUGAUGAUCAAAGCUUCGAUUUGUUAAAUGAUCCAAAUGACAUUUUGGAAAUGGGACAAUCAUCAUCAUCAUCAUCAUCAUCACGAUCGUUGGAUGAGCUAAAAUCACGUGAAAAAUAUUAUCAACGUUUACAACGAUUGAAAAGGCAACUUGAAAUUCAAGGUAUGCCUGGAACAUUGUCCACUGAUGAAAAAGUUCGUCUUUCGCCACCAUUACCACCACAGGAACGUGUAUUCAAUAAUGGUGAUCUUGUAUGGGGACCAUUUGGUGAUGUACGUUUUUGGCCCGGUAAAUUAGUUUCAUCCAUUCAUGAUGAUGAUGAUGAUGAUGAUGAUGUGAAUAAAUCAUCUGAUGAUCCGCCGCCGGAUACAAAUCUGGAUAAUAAUAAGUUAAUUGUACGAUGGUUCAAUUCGAAUGAUACAUGCACAUAUGUAACACCCGAAAGUUUACGAACAUUGACCGAAGGAUUAGAAGCUCAUCAUUGUGCACGGAAAAGACAUAGAAGGUACCAUAUAUGGAUUGUUUUCAUUUACCAAAUUGAAAUUUUUUUUCUUUACAUAAUUUUCAGUGGAAAACCCGUCAAUGUAUUACUAGAACGAGCCAUACAAGAAGCAAUGAUGGAAUUGGAUAAAUCAACACGUAUCGAUAAUUCAUCUGAUUGAUAAUUUGUAAAAAAAAAUUUGUUUUAUCAAAGUGAAAUAUUUGUUUUUUGUAAUUUAAAUGUGACAUGAUG